AUAUGAGUAAUAUUGAUAAUGAAUCCGUCCUUUUAAGAUAAGGCUACAAUAAGGAGGUGGUUAUCAUACAGGAUAUCUCAAAUUUGUUUCAAAAUAUUGAUUGGUUACCUACAUGCGAUGCCUCAUAAUUGCCCACAAUUUCUAAAAUAAAUCAAUUUUUCCUCAAAUUAUUUGAGCUUAACGAAUUUGGAUGGAAGCUUUUCAAUGCAUAGGAAUCACGCAGAAAUAGGUACUCUUGAUAAUGCCCAUGUUUAGAAAACUGUUUGAAAACAAUAUCAGAUGCUUAGGAACCAAAUACUAAAAAAUGGGCAUAUUUCAAAAGUCGUGUAUUAGAUUGAUCAGCUAUUAACUUCACACUGUUUGAAAAUAAAUAAAGAUAAUAUCUUGCUAAUGAAGUUUCAUAAACCUACAUUCAUGAUAGACACAAAUACGUAGUACUUGAAAACAGUUUGAUGCAUCAUACAUAUUAUUUUCUGAAAAUUUUGAUUUGUCGUACACUACAAUUUCCAGUAAAUGUCCCAUAAUUUAAAAGACAGAAAAUUUUCUUAUUUGUUCAAACCACCAACAGACGCCUAAAUACCUUGUCAAGCUAUGAAAGUGCUGUUCGUGAAAUAAAAUUCAAUUGAAUGUGACUGAGAGCAAUUUUAAGAAAUUAACAGCCUUCAAAAACGGCCUCUGAGGCGUGGACGUUUUUGAGACCCAUAUGUUCGACAUUAUUUUUUCAAAGAUUUAUGAUUAAACUUACUAAAUGUUUCUAUGUCAUUGUUAAAUCAGUGUCUCGACUAUAUAAUCCAGUAGAUAAAUGCAUGGUUUAUCGAUUGGAAGCAGGUGAACAAUGUCUUCUAAAACUUUCGCAUUUUUUUAAGGGACAUACUGUAGUCCUAAGCCCAAUUCAUUGGUUGUUUGUGCAAUUUCGAUUGCUCUGGUCAAUCAUGGAGUAGUAACUACGAAUUGUGCGGCCAUCUAUGCUCAUGCUCAUGCUCAACUCUCUUUAACUCUCUAAAAUGAUUUUUGAGUGCAGCCUGUCCAUGCAUUGGUUAAUUUGAAUUUUCCUCAAGAGAUGGGGCUAUUAGGCAUAUUAAAUGCAUUAGUAAAAAGUGAAAUUUUUUGAAGAUCUUAAGUUUUUAAAAGCAUAACGUCUUCGGGAAAAUUGUUCAGUAAGUGAAGCACUUACAGAUAAUGGACCGUUUGUAUCGAAAUUCCACCACUGGAUCAAGAACUUACAGAUGAUGUAAAUUUUGAUUUAUCCACAAAAAAUUUAUCCACAAAAUUUUUCACCGUUGAGAAAAUUCAUAAAGAACUAUGCCCGAACUCACGGAAAAUUUUCAAAAAAAAUGUUUUCAAUAGGUUUUUUCAUAAGCUUUGAUCGCUGAAAUUUUUGAAAUGUAGUUUUUUUCGUUCCUGAGUUAUGGCCAAUUUUGUGGCUUAUAUUACCCAAGAUGAAUUCCUUCAGAACCCUUCAAAUUUCAGUUGUUUAAAAAAAAGGUUUUCAUGAUGUGGAAGCUUAUUUAUAAAUUAGUAAUUGAUACCUAAUUGGCCAUGAGGCGUAAGCCUACGAUGGAGGAUGGAUACCGAAGCAAAGCAAAAAUCAAGAAAUUGUCAAACUUUUUUUGUUAUUAGAAAUGAUCAAAAUCAGAUAAAUGUUUUUAAGUUAUAGAUGUAUUACACAACAUUAUGACCUGAUCAGUAUAAUAUCUGAAUAUUUUCCAAGAAUAUUUCUGACGACCUCCAUAUAUCCACGUCAUAUACUAGACAUCAAACCAAACCGUUGUUUACCAAUCCACCGCUCCCACAACCUCCUAUCCUGUGUGUGUUGAUUCAUCACAUUCGUUUCGCUUCACGCUCUGCACAUUGUCAACAAACCCAGCUCGUGCCUGGCUAUCAACAAACCAAUUAAUUAUCACUCCCUGCCUAUAGAACCACGCUCGUUAACCGCAAAAUAUCCGAAAAGAGUUGAUUCAAUAUUCGUCCCACCACCCCAGGGGGUUUAAUCUAAAAAUAGACUGCGUGUGACUCGUCCAAAUAUUGACGCACUGUUUCUCCUGAUGUAGAAUGGCGCCCAUCAAAUGUGUCCCUCUCUGCGAGAAAUGCAUCGCACAAGUAAAAAACUGAAGUGAUUACCCAAACAAAAAAAGUGAUAAAGUAGCCGCGAAAUUGUCAUGUUUUGCCCCAGCAACGAAACCCUGCAGAAUCUCACCGAGAAGACCAAACUGCUGGCGCAGAAAUGUUCCCACCAGAUUCGGGUGGCCUCGGGCUCGGCCUCCGUGUACGGUGCUUCGGAGCAAUCCUCCGCCGCGGAUGCUCCUCUGAUAGCGACCUCGGGGGUGCCGACGGCCACGGCAGUGGUUGCACCGAUGGCAACCGAUUUGCCUCCUCCACCACCGCCACCGCUACCAAAGGCGGCUAGCACCAAUAAUCAUGCGGCUACCAAGGAGGGUUCCCGAUCGCUGCGGUGUCUUUGCCCCUGCAAAGGAACCAUCAGUAAGAUGCUGGCCAAGAAGCUGGGGGCCAGCGUCGGGAGCAAGGAGCAUGGCACGAUCAGCUCCACCACCCGGUGGUACGUGAAGCAGCCCACCUGGCGACUUUGGGGCGAAGAGCGCGAGCAGGACGCCAUCUACACCGUCUACCUGAAGAAGGUCCGCUACCACAGGCCGACGCCGAGUGCCAGCAGUGUAAGUACCCAGCUACCCUCUACCUAGUACCUAGUGGAAGUGUGUACCUUGGAUGGUAUAUAGAGAAGUUUAUGUUUUGUUGGGAUAAUAGUGGCUUAUGGUGAGUGAGGGAUAUGCGCCCGUAGGGAAGGGCGCAGGCGGAUAUACUAAUUGAAGAUUUUUCUGCCCGUUGGUCUUAAUUGAAGUGCGGGAUUAGCGCAGGGAAGAUCUUGAUGCUGGCUGAUGAGUUUUGUGGAGGGUGCAAUUAAAUGGGGGAAGAUAAUCAUGAUUAGGGAGAGUUGAUUAAGGUGGUACUCUGA